ACUUGUUGAGUGCAAAGGGGGCUGCCGGUCUCGAGCCGUUACCGCGUGCGCACGAGCACCGUAGUACAACAUUUGGAACUUUACCAAGCUCGUGUAGUGGUGUAGUAAGCAGUAACCAUGCCUCGGGCAUUUCUCAUUACAAAUCGGCGAUAUUUCUCCAAAAGACAUUCCACGUCUGGCCAACAAACAGAAAAACUAUUACCAAAUGUUGAAUUUGAAGUUGUCUACCAAAAGAAUAUUGAUGUUUCGCCGGUGCCAUCGCCUGCCCCCCUGCAGCCACCCCCUCCCCCGUCCCAUCUGUCAUCAGACGAGGGGGAUAGCGACUACAGCAGCUACACUUCAUCUCCCCGCCAUGAAUCCCGGCCGGACUUAUCCCCCAAAAUGGAAUGUCGAUUCGAUUGCUCCGAUCACAUAUCUCUUCUGUUCGACUUCAUCAACCAGAGUCCGAGGAAAACGGCAUGUAAAGAUUUUUACGAACACGAGUCGGAGGCCGUGCGUGUUCUAAAUUUUGACGAACCGGAUUACUCCUCGUGCACAAAAGUGUUAUCUCCCUUGCAGGAGCUCGUCCACCAGCCAUUUGGGCAUGAUCAGCCUGAUGGGUCUUCAUUGACCGACACUCACAUAUGUUUGGAGUGUGGCAAACGCUACAGUACGUCCAGCAAUCUCGCGCGACACCGACAGACACACCGCAGCGUCAGCGACAAGAAAGCUCGAAAGUGUCCCCACUGUGAGAAAGUAUACGUGUCAAUGCCGGCCUACAGCAUGCAUGUUCGAACCCACAGCCAAGGGUGCGAGUGUAUGUACUGCGGCAAGCGCUUCAGCCGACCAUGGUUGCUACAGGGACACAUUCGAACGCACACGGGCGAGAAGCCAUUCAACUGUCCAAAAUGUGGCAAGUGCUUCGCGGACAAAUCCAACUUGCGCGCGCACAUUCAGACACACUCACCGGAAAAACCGUACACCUGUGGUCGAUGUGGAAAGGCCUUCGCCCUUAAGAGCUACCUAUACAAGCACGAGGAGUCGUCCUGUAUGAGGGGACAGAGGAAUAAAAAGUCGAUGGACAUAGACGACAUUGUAUCGGAACCGGAAGAUAUGAGAACAAUACAAAGUCCGCACACACAAGAAUCGAACUUGAUGCCCGUAUGGUAACUACGGCAACCGUCUUUUGACAUUAAAACCAUGACCUUGACCUUUACGUGGACGAAUUUUCGUGCUGACCAAUGACAUACAAGGAUACAGAGGACCAAUCUAUAAGAUUUUUGUAUGAAUAAGUCUUUUUUUUUUUUGCAAAUAUUUGUAUUGUUUCUAUAUAUGACAAUAACCUUUCAUUGAGUAUCCUUUUAGAUGCUCAAACAUUUCCGACAUUUCUGCUUCAAACUAUUCCUUCAAACACAACUUGGAGAUUUCAAAACAUUUUUUUAACUGUAAGCAUUCCAGACAUUGCUUUAAUAUAGCAACCAACUUCAUCAAUCAUUCUGGUAUAUUCCAUAGGGCACAGCAAAAUAUCAUACUAGUUUUUUAUGUUGACAGAAUAGUUUUAUUUACAAAAAUCCCAUUUCUUGUCGGUAAUUCUAAUUAGAUUUUUGUUAUUGUUCCAUCCUGUCUUCAUAGUUCAAAUAUUUACAUUUUUAUAUUUAACUCAUAUUAAUGCGUAUUUGACGUCAGUCUCGAGGUCGAUGACGUCAUUUCGGAUUCGAUGUGUCAUUAUUAAAAUCGAUGCAAUGGCGUCGUUAGAUGUGCAUUACACAGUUUGUGUCUCACGUUAAUAUGUUUCGAUGAUAGCAAUUCAUUAUUUUUCCCCAAUAAGCUCAAAUCAGUUCAUUUCAGAUUAUCAUCGUCCACAAAUGCGAUAAACAAGAGUUAGCUCAAAGUUUAGAUUGUUUCUAGAUUUAAUGUUGGUAAAUGAUUUUUGUCAAUUACAUAAACGUCAUCAAACCUUUUUUUAACGCGUUAUUUUUUUCAGAAACACGCAUGCGCAUUCCCAAUCCCUAUAAACCUAUAAUUUAGCAGUAGAUACUGGCUAUGUUGAUCUCGUUACAAAUACUCUCCUUUGGAUAAUUUCUGAAGAACAUAUUACUUUUUGAGAUAUCUCAUAGCGACAUAAAUGGCAGCAUGGUGAAUUGAUUUGCAUAUAGUGAUGACGUAUUAGAAAUAUACAUCUAGCCAUAAGUCGUGAAUCACUGAUCAAUAAGUGACUCAGUAAGCAAUCUCUCCAACCUGCCAAGGGUUUCAAUAUCUAACACAGCGUUACUCAGCCACAGUAUCCAAGUGUUAUGUUUCCCCUCUGGAGAUAUCGUCAACGUUUGUUGUUUUACUUUGGCCGGCGUUCAAGGUUAUUUAUUUACCUUCUUCUCAAGGUGUACAUAUACACAAUUUUGAUGUAUAAUUGCACUCUUACCUCAUUCUGAGUCACACUGUGGCACCAAUUAUGACGUCAAGUGCGCUGAUAUUGAAUACCCAAUCACAAAAGCUGUUCUAUUUAUUUAAUACACCUUCGUCUAACAGGGGAAUCAAUUGUAAAUGUUUUUUCUUUGAAGUGUUUUCUUAAAUUAUCUCUGUUAAUAAUUAUAUUUUUCUUUAUCUAUGACUCCGUAGAAGUCUACGGUUUGCAAAUGGCGGGGUACUUGUGCAACAGUUUGGUAGUGGCAUUGACGGACGCUUUGAACCAUUGCUGUGUUUCGAGUUGGGUGUGGUGUCAUUGUUUGGUGUGUGUAACGCCUUUUCCUUAGUAUUUAUCAUACCUACAACGUAGUUUAUUACUUUGUUUGAUUUUAUUUAUACCAUUAUUUAAACGUUUACCUUUUUGAUAUGAGCAGGGAACAUCGACUAAACGCUUUGAUUGGAACAAAUAGGAGAAGGGCAUAGACGCAGAUUUGUCACACAUAAAACAAACGUCACAGUACUGUCAAUUUUUUCAAAACUUGCAGUUCGAAUUUAUAUACAUUUGUAUAACAAAUCAUAUAAUAAUUUAGGGAAAAAUGAGUUCUAUUGACAUUUUGAUGCAGAUCACAUCGCGUUUUCUCACCUUCUCCUGUUUUCAAAGUUCAAAUACAUUUCAGCUAAGAUUUGUUUACAAAUAGUGCUUAAUUUAUAGAUACGAACAUUUGUAUUUAUUGAGAGUACAAUGUCAUUAAGUUAUUGUAGAAAUUAAUUUAUUUAAUUUAUCAAUAAUAUAUAGUAUUAAUAGAUUGCUAAUCAUUAUUGCAUUAAUUCUAGAAAAAGAUGAAUAAUUUAUGAUAGAGCGCUGUACAAUUAUUAUUUAUUUACUCUAUGCAUUUCAUGUAAAUAUACAGGCCGUAGUUAGACGUCUUGUGGCCGAAACUUCACAUUUGUAAAAAAAUGUUUAAAUUCAUUUAAAUUUAAGUGUAUUCAAAUAUUGAUCAUAUUGAUGACCAGUGGUAAGUUUUUUAUUUUCUUAUUUCUUUGUUAGGUCAAGUGUGUCUCACGGACAUUAAAGCCAACCAAAGUGGACAAGUCACUUGGUUAAAUGUUAACGUAAAGUGUUUCAUCAGUUGUGUACGAGUCAAACUCAAAUUCAUCUCUAAAUCUUUAUAUAUAUUUGAUUUAAUGUUGAUUCUUUAUUUUUUGUGACGUUUUCCUGGACCGGUUUAAUCUAAAUUUCAAUUAAUUUCAAUUAUU